AUGCGAGGGGCGAAGAAGCGGCAGGCGCUGCCCGCCAUCGUGCUCCUGCUGCUGGCCUCGGCCCCGCCGCCGCCGGGCGCCGAGGGCAGGGACGUGCCCGCCGCCGGAGCCGAGCGGGGGGCGCUCCUCGACAUCCUCCUGCAAGCCCUGGGCGACGAGGGCCGCCCGCUGCCGCCCCGCCCGCCGCGCAGGGAGCGGGUGAUCUCCCGGCGCUACAGCGGCGGCGGUGCCCCUCCGACAGAGCCCCGCGCCGCCGCCGCCCCGCCGCCCCCGCGGCUCCUCGCCGCCGCCCGGCACGGAGAAAUUUUUCCAAGAGAUUCCAGUCUAAAAGACAAGUUCAUAAAACAUUUUACAGGGCCAGUCACAUUUUCCUCAGAGUGCAGCAAGCACUUUCAUCGACUGUAUCACAACACAAGGGACUGCUCAACACCAACCUAUUACAAAAGGUGUGCAAGAUUGCUAACAAGAUUAGCAAUGAGCCCUUUGUGUACACAGUCCUAGGAUGUUUGCUGUACUUUCUACCAAGGAGAGAAUUCUGAUUUGCCAAGAAAGUGCCUUGAAAUCUUCAAAAAUGGAGAAGACAUCUUUUAUCUUUUUGAUUUACAAUGUUUUGUUACUAGAUGCAUUUUAUUUUCAUAUAUUUGUCCGACAUUCCAUAUUUGUGUGAAACAUUAUUUUAUUUUGUAAAUUUGUUGCCUAUAGUUCAGACAAGCCAAUUAUUUAAAUGCAUUGUAUAUGAAGAAUACUAAUGAUGUACUGAUUAAAUGUUAUAACCAUAUGCAGGGAGUUGGUAAAAUUUUGCUGUUUCUCUUGUUCCGUUGUAUUGACAUCGUUCUGCUCAGGCUCUUAUUCCCAUUAUUUGCACUAACUUGAAAUGCAGAAGUCUGUGUAACUGAAAUCUGAAUAAGCUGUAAGUGGAGAAGUUCUACUUGCCAUGGAAUAUAUUUUAUAUUAUGAAGCUUUGUUAAUAUAUACAUAUAUAUUAUUGUGCAUCAGAAAAAAAUUUGCUCAGAAAUGCACCUUGCUUUCAGGAACAUUUGUAUGACUAUUCUGGAUUUUCAUCAGUUACAUUUGUACCGGCACUUAUGGAAAGAGUUGCAAAUAAUGUAAAUAUAAAGACUGGAAAACUGCAAUGCAGUUUUGGUGGA